GAGGCGGCAGAAGCAGCAGCAGCCCAGCGGCAGCAAGGCGGAUGGCUCCUGCGGGUGGCGGCGGCGGCGGCGGCUCUACCGCGAGGAAGAUGGCGCCGUCGCACGUCCUCAAGUGCUGCCAGAGGGUGCUGGCGUGGGUGCCCGUGGUCUUCAUCGCCUUGGUCGUGGCCUGGUCUUACUACGCCUACGUGGUGGAGCUGUGUGUGUUUACAAUUACCUCAACUGGAGAAAAAGUUGUCUACCUUGUGGUUUUUCAUCUGUCGUUUGUCAUGUUUGUGUGGUCCUAUUGGAAGACAAUUUUUACAUCUCCCGCCUCCCCUUCCAAUGAGUUCUGUUUAUCCAAAGCUGACAAGGAGCAAUAUGAAAAGGAAGAAAGACCAGAAUCCCAGCAAGAAAUUCUGAGAAGAGCUGCUAAAGACCUUCCCAUCUAUACCACAACAGCAUCAAGAGCCAUAAGAUACUGUGAUAGAUGCCAACUAAUCAAGCCUGAUCGAUGUCACCACUGUUCUGCCUGUGACCUCUGUGUAUUGAAAAUGGAUCACCACUGUCCUUGGGUGAAUAACUGCGUGGGAUUUUCUAACUACAAGUUUUUCCUCUUGUUUUUAUUUUACUCCCUCCUGUACUGUCUAUUUGUUGCUGCUACAGUUCUACAGUAUUUCAUAAAAUUUUGGACAAAUGAAUUGCUAGACACACGUGCAAAAUUCCACGUUCUCUUCCUUUUCUUUGUGGCUGCCAUGUUUUUCAUCAGCAUCCUGUCACUUUUUAGCUACCACUGCUGGCUGGUCGGCAAAAACAGAUCAACAAUAGAAGCUUUCCGGGCACCCAUGUUUCGAAAUGGACCUGACAAAAAUGGCUUCUCUCUUGGAUGCAGUAAAAACCUGAGAGAAGUUUUCGGAGAUGAAAAAAAGUAUUGGUUGUUACCUAUGUUUACAAGCCUAGGAGAUGGCAGUAACUUUCCAACGCGCCUAGUGAUUAUGGAUCCAGAGCAGCUUACUGUUUCAAGACAAAAUGAACCUGCCAAAAGCUCUGGCCCCAGUCAGCCGUUUCCUACUAGACCACUCAGCGAGUCCCAGAAUCGAUUGCUAGCCAAUGAAAACCAGUGGACAGAAGUCAACUCAGAAGAAGAAAAUGUUAAAUCAGAUGUUAAAAAGCAUAUUAUAGUUACAUUGGAAAGCUGAUCAUGGCUUCCCUAUCCAACCCUCACAAGAAGAGGAAAAAAUGGUUUCUACAAUACAUUCGUGCUUGGAUAUUAAUUAAUUUUGUAUGGAAGACACUGAUAUAUCAAUGGAACAGUGCAAGCAUGUUAACAGGAUAUGAAAAACGAAAUCCUUGUACAGUGUACAAUGGAUUUUUAUAAGCACUACUACAGAGUGGGAAGUAUGACUGAUGCCUUAAGAUUCUUGAUGUGCAUUUUGCAACAUGGACAAGCCACUGCAAAAGGGCCAAAUUCUGAAAUGCCCUGCAAGGGUGCGCAAAAGUCAAAAUGCAGAAACUAUGCAUUCCAGCUGCAUUACAAUGGAGGGGACUAAUUCUGCAAAAAUCAUGUGAGAGACAGUGCUAUGCCAGCAUUUUGCAGGAAUUAUUUUCAUAGCAGGUCUCUAGGAGAAGUGGGGGGAGAGAGAGAAGUAGGUACAGUAGACAACCAUGGAAUAUGGCCAUUAAAACUGCACAGUACAGCUAUGUGUGACUCAAAUACAACCUGGUGGACGUGUGGCAUGGUGCAGUUUUGUUUCCUUCACCACCAUUAUCAAAGAACUAGAGGAAUUGGUAAGUGUCACAAAGCAGCCUACCCUACAUCCUGGCUUUUUAGUCCAGUCUAAUAUUGAAGUUCUUUUUCUUCAGACUUGCUUUUUUGUAAUACGAUACAGAAACAAGGUUAACUUGUUGCUUGUUUAUUUCAGAAUUAGGCCCACUGUCAGCUUGGUUCAUUAGACUGGAGAAUUAGUUUCCUGGUUUUCAUUUGUUUUGUUUUUAAAAGCCAAUAUUUUCAUUUCUUCACUGUUUGGUGUAAGCCAUGUAAUUCACUUAACCCCGUGUAGGUAUGUUUAAAGUAAUAUUUUUACUAGGUCUUCCUGGUUGACACUCCUAAAAUACAGAUCCCAUCGAAAGCCAAUAGGUAAUAUGUACUGACAUUUCUUUCAGGCCAAGUCCAGGGGACUAUCCAUUUAUUUCCUUUAAGAGAAGGGAAGCAUGUUUAUAGGAUCUGCUGUGGGGAUGGAUUCCACAAGGAUCUUUCCCAGGAGUAUUACUCAAAUACAGUAGGGAAGAUGACAUACAAGGGAAGAGGUUUAUCUCACACUCAAAUGAGGCUGCUUUGUUUCCUGGGAUUCUGAAGCCACCACCCUUUCCAACAAUCUCACUGAUUCUGGGCUUUGUCCUUGGGCACAAAUCCUUAUCUGUGCAAGUAAUAUAAUGUAACAGGAACAUAAUUGUGAUGAUCUGUUCACUAAAGUCACUGAGAUAUUCGAAGCAUGACUGGCGAAGGUGGGGAGGACAUUUAUUUAUCUAGAUAUCCUAUCUUGAGCACACCAUACAGCUCCUAAAUUAAUUUUAAAACGUACAAAAUUCCAUUCUAAAAGUAACAAGAUAAGUUAUUUAAUCUCUGAACCCUAGCAAAAGCUAAAUCAAAUAAGAAAGUCACACAGAUUUACCAGGAGUUUUUCUGGGAAUUUGUCUUGCAUAUCAUAGGACAAGAAAGGGCAACAGUAUGCAGAUCUAAGCUGUUAAAGGCAGCUUAGUUCAAAACUAGUGUGGAUUGUGUCUGGAAAGCUACAGGAAACUACUGCAGAAAUUGAAGCGCGAGUGUAACGCUCUCAACCAGCAAGCUUUUUGCGUUCAGCUGACAAGCUACCUUCAGAUGUCAUGACAAGCUGCAGUUAAACUGUGAUUGGACACAACCAAAGUUUGUUGCUGUAUUUACAUGCACUCAAACUGACACAAGCAGGAUUUGUGCGGAGUAAACAAAUUCCAGUUCAGUUUUGGUGACCCAAUGAACUGGAGCUUGAUCAGGCCAGAAAGUAAACUUUCCAUGCACUACAGGUGUGAGCAACAAACCUGUGUUACUGCCCAAUCAGUUUAACCUGCAAUUUUAUAGCCACCCAGUAGUUUUCUGAGCCAACCCAAUAGCAAGUAUGUGAGUAUGCAGGUUUCAGUUUUGGAAAAUGUAAGUUAUUAGAUUCAUGUCUCCCUUUUACCAGGCACAAUGAGAAGAAAAAACUUGUGUACAUUUUAACGAUAGACUUGGGGGUACAUUAAGGCCUUCAUCUUUUGAGACGUCCCUGUUCUACCUCUCCUUCCCUCCACCCCUUUAGCAGUUGCUAACUCCAUAGGCUAUUCAUUUUUAGCUUCUUUUUCCCAAUUGUUUUUACUAUUUCUGCUUCAGAUAAAACAGGAAAGAAAAACGACUUGACUUUCUUUCAGGAUUUAACUGUAAAGUUGGUAUUAAAAGGCAUUGUGGUGAUAUAAACAAACACGGUAUUAAAAAGAGGUUAUAAAAAUAAGUGUUAGCUUGCUCUUACUUGUUCAACCUUCAUAGACUCUAGAUGAAUUGCAGCACCUUGGCUAGACCCAAAAAUGAGACUAUGUAGAUUACUAGGCCACUGACUGUGCCUUAGUCCAGACCUGCAAAUGUCAUAUACAGUAAUGGGAGGAGAGAGAACAUAGACUUCUGCAGUAAGCUUUGUUUUCUUUUACUAUCCUAACUGCUUGCCUGUCCAUUGCCAUCCUUAAGCAAAGCUUGUUAGGGAGGAGCUCAGUAGCCUUCAAACCCAACUUCAUGAUCAUGUAAGAAUUUCUAAAAAAUCCUAUUAGCAACAACAGGCUACUAUUUCUAGGAUUUGGAUCACUAACUGAAGUUUCUGAUUCAUUCUUUGUCAUACAUCAUCAAAAUUCAAAUGGUAGUGCUCUGAGUAAAUAGGAGCAGUUGCUUUGCUCCUGAAUCUGCAAAUGCAGGUAGCGGUCAUGUGGCACCUUUAGGAUAAAAAAUUUAUCAUAAUUUUUUGAGCCGGCUUUUGUCAAAUGUAUGAAGUAGGCUGUUACUGGGAAGACUGUGCCCUGAGUUUUUUUUUUUCUGCAACAGAAUCUGAAAAGAAAUUAGCAGCUCAGUAACAUCUCCCAAUUGCUUUCAUUUCAGUAAUAUAAAAUGUUUCUCCAGCAGGAUCCACCCUAGUAUUUUCAUUUUUCCUUCAAAUUGGCAUAACUACACACAGGGCCAGUGUCAGCAUACCCUUAGGUGGGGCAUCUACCAGAGCCCACACAUUUCUGCUACCCACUUGCACAUUGUUCCUCCACCCGCUUGUUACGAACAUUCCACAUCUUACGCUGCUGUCUGUCUUGGUUGCCCGGCACCACCUGGGAACAACAUGUGGGUGAUGCAAACAGUGGUCUUUAUGGUCACAGCUGUGGCACUCCCAGUUGCACACACUGCCCAGUGCUGUGGAGAAAAAGGCCUGCAGGUGGCUGUGAGCAUUGGCAGUGGGAGGGGGUCAUGAGCAGGCAGGGGAAGGAUUCACAGGCAGGUGGGGAGACAGCAAGAGAGGUGGUGCUGGUGGUGGGCAAAGGAGGAGAGGGUGGUCCCUGAGUAAUCUCGCUGUCCAGGGCCUCUCAAAACCCAGAACUGGCCCUAAACACACAAAAUCUCUUAACGGCCUAUCCCCAAACCACAUAAAAUUAGUAUGUUUUGAUACUCAGACCUCUUAAGUCUGAAAACAGCACUAAAGUGGCUUAAGCACAUAUACACCACAUCUUGAGUAACUUGUAGCUUGUGAUCAACAUUCAGUUGUUCAACAUGCAGUUUAGCUUAAAACAAAUUAAUUAUGCUUCUGAAGCCUGCCUUGAGAGGGUGUCUGUGUAUCUUCUAGAAUACAAGUAUGAAAUGUAGAAGGUGUCGCCUUUCUCUUCCCACAGAGCUCUGACAUUCCAGUCCCCUCUUUCCAAGGAAGAGUUGAAACACCUGUGCUGUGAGGCAUGACAGCAGUGACCUCAAAGCUGGAUACUGGCUUUGUAGCGGCGUCUCAUCCCAUUUUGAUACGUACAUUUCCCCCUAUUAUACGGCUAUUUGAAGCACUAUAAAAUAAUAACUAAAAUAGAGCUUUUUUGGUAUCAAGAUACAAAUUCGGAAGGCAAAAAUCUGAUAAAUUCUCUUGUGUGUAAUUAUAUUCUAAUAAUGAUGUUCUUAUGGAAAAGAGUAAAAAGAAGAAAUUUGGCUCACUUUCCAAAUCUUAAUGUAUCAUGUGGAGAUUUAUAUGAAAUAGCAUUUUUGUAGGUUGUAAAAUGAAUUGUGAAAAAGAAACCUGUUAAAAUGUGGGAGAAGGUACAACAGGAUAUGUUGACUUUGUGAGCUGUCAAACCAUACCCACACAGCUGCUUAGAAGACAGAAUUUAAAGGGAUGUUUAACUCUUUCCUCCCUUGCCACUUAAAUAAAUGUUGAACAGGUUGUCUGC